GGGGUCUUAACCCCUCACAGCGUCGGCCAGGGCUUGCAGGAUUGAGUGACAGCCUGCAUGGGGAAACCCAUUACCUGUGCGCAGGAUCGCGUAGCUAUCAGCCAGAAGCUCCAUGGGGCUUUGGGUUCUUACCGAGGCAAGACCGGACGGGGGAGGGCUAUGCUAGAGGCUGUACUGCAGAAACAAGAUCGUACGAAAACUCCUCCGGACCGGGUGCGGAAGAAAUCUCCAGAUUGUGAGCAGUGUGCUCCUGCAGUGUUUGAAGGCCCUAAACUCACAGGAAACGAUGACCCUGAUUUCGCCCCUCCACGAAAUUCAAUCCGACGGCGCAAACUGGACGUUGAAUCGAUGCGAUCAGAUCAAUGGUUCUCGUUCAAGGGCCAGGAAGCCAGACCCUUCCGUUCGGGAUUUCUUGGGAUGACCAACCUUGGCAAUACGUGCUACAUGAAUGCAGUUUUGCAAGCGCUGGUGAGUCUAGGGCCGUUCAUUGCGGACAUGCAACACGCAGCGCUGAUGGAGAGCAGCCUUCCAUCGAGCGCAGUAUAUAAAGCUCUACUGCGUGUGGUCCUGGAGGCAAAGAAUGGUGGGUCCAAUGGCUCGAAGACGAUCAACCCCUCUGCACUCAAGGAAUCGAUUGGAAUGAACGACAAGCGAUUCACGGGCGCUAGGCAGCAGGAUGCGCACGAGUUCCUAUGCCAGCUGCUGGAGCUUAUCCAGAUAGAAGUGUGCGGCAGCUGUGAAGCGAAACACCACUCUUCGCCAGGAAGGAGAUCACUGAAAGUCUCUCUUCAAAGGACAUUGUGCCCGACAACCAGAAGCUUCAGUUGCAUUGUCGAGCAUCGGCUGAAGUGCAGGGAUUGCGAAGAUGAGUCGGUCAUCGAGGAGAUGUUUCGGCACCUGUCUCUUGAUAUAGUACCUGAAAGGAAGCCUGCUAGCGGGGAGCAAUUUGGCACGAUCCUCGCAGAUGUGCCUGACGUGCGGUCGCUCAUUGAGGCGUACUUCGAGGACGAAACAUUUACCAAGAAAUGCGAGAAGUGCGGUUGCGACACGACGAUUGUGCGACACAAGAUUUGCCGCCUUCCGAGAGUGCUCGUGCUGCACUUGAAGCGCUUUCACGUACAGACGACCGAUGAUGGUCGGAACUACAGAUGCAUCAAGCGAAACGACCCAGUCAAAGUGUUGCCUCAGCUCGAUCUGGGUUUCUGCUGCAGUCCUUCAACAAGAUGCCCCAUACCUCUGCAGCAUCAAAAGAGCAUCUCCAAGGGCGCGGAUGUUUGUGCGUCAUUGCCACGCAAGGGCCCACUAGCCGAUGUGAGUAACACGCUAGCAACGAACGGCAAUAGCAGGGGAACAAGUGCAACAGGUCAGCAACUCGCGGCAAGCCAUGGAGGGGUGUCGGCCAGCGUCGGCAGAAUACAUUCGAAGGAGAGGCCAGAUAUCAACAGUUGUACCAAUCCUCCUCUGCUGGAGAGGGUGGUACAUGAAUCAGGACAUCACGAGUCCCGAUUACCAGGACCGAACAGGCAGUUGGAGGAACAGGAGGUGCCAUCAGACUCUGCGGGAACAACAGGGAUGUUGGACGAUGACGAAGAUCUGGCCCGUGCGAUUGCUUUGAGCCUCCAGUCAUCAGCAGCAGCUGUUCCAACCGAUAUGGAGGUGGAUGGAGCUUCGAGUGAAAGCGUGGAAGCUGCAGAAAACCAAGGAUCAGCGAAGGACGAACCACCAUCGCUGAACCCUCUAUGGAUUGAUGUAGUUGAUGAGGAGGCUGCGGAAGGCAUUCCGGAAAGAAAGGAGGAUGGAACCCUCUCAGACUGCUGCAGCUCCGAGUACUCGUUGCAUGGCAUUAUCAGCCACAUUGGUGCAGAGGUGUCAUGCGGCCAUUUCGUAGCAGACAUCCUUCAAGUUGACCAGUGGCGCUCUCAAUGGUAUCGCCAUGACGACUCGCUAGUUUCGCCGGUUAGCGAUUCGAGUGUCUUCAGUAUGAGGGAGUUCUCGGAGUGUUAUUUGUUAUUUUAUGUUCACAAGGAGUUCGCGAAUCAAUGCCCUGUGCCUCAGAAAAGAAAUUUGAUGUUCCUGGCCGCGCAAGAGAAGCAGCAGCAUGCAAGUCCUCCUCAGAUUCAGAAGCAACCUGCUGCUUCCGAGACUGCCCCGCCUGUUGUGGUAGCAGGCGAUGAGCCAUGCUUCCGAAAGCCCACGGGUCUUCAAGAGCCAGGUAGUUCCGAGAAGAAAGCACGGCCAGCACCGCAGCUUAGUAGGAAACGAGGAGCCACAGCUCCACAACCUCAAGCGAAAGGUCAACUCUAUUCAUGGUUGCUACGAGAGAAAUCCGAUUCGGAUCCGCCGGCACUGCGGCAAGAGCGGCCACGACCUACAGAUGUUGCCACGACGAUGCAGAUGCAGCAGUCCCAUCACGGCCAAGCAGCGGGUCCUACACGGGAACCUACAGGGUCUGAGCCUACAUCGCCUGGAGAGCAAGCCACAGGUUCCCGUGCGGACAAACAAGGAACGCUGCCGACACCUUCGUCAUCCACACCAGUGCAGCCAUUGUCAAGAGAAGAGAGAGAAGAAGAGGAAGAAGAUACGAUAGAAGAUACGGUGGUUUCUGUAGGGAGGACCCCCCUGCGCACAUUUCUGGAGGAGGAGGAGGUUUUCUCUGUUGGUAGGGCCCCCACGCGAUCGAAGAGAAGAGCUUUGCACGGUUCGCGUUCUGACCGUACCAGCUCACCUGGCGUGCGAAGGUCAUCACCUCGAAUCGCCCGCAGCAGCUCCUCAUCCUGUUCGCAAUCAAGACUUCAAAAGGGACCUCUCCAACUCGACUUGCCGAAAUUGUGGACCAGCGUGGAUGACAACUCAGCAGCGGCAGAGACCGAUACCGACUUGGAAAUCGUCGAACAAGAACGGGCGGUGAAUUUUCCAUCAUUCACAGAUAUCUAUCCUGGACCAGAUGCAGAGUCAAAGUCUUUCGUCAAAUAUAAAAGGCGUGGAAGAUGACGAGGUAUACCGUAUAGUACAUAGAGCUAGCUAGCUUCAGCAAUUUUGGCCACCUCCUGGGUUAAGAAUUUUCAAUGUUGUGAUCGUUCUCCAAUCAGUGUGUAAUCACUGUGUAUAUGUUUAUCCGAUCUUUUUUUGUACCGAACAUGCUUGUAUGCAGGCAGGCUGUAUACACAAGCAUACGUCUGACCGCCCUGCAGCCUUGCUGCCUUGGCGCUCGUCGCCAUCGAUCAUCAGCCAAGCUGCUGAUUUGUGUCGAUGUGCUGCCCGAGCCGCGUUGGAACACGA